AUGGGAGAACAUGACUUACGUUUCUCUGGAGAGGAUAUAGAAUCUCUGGCCAAGAGGGUGAUAGCUGACCACAUGAGAUUUGUUUGUGCAGAUAAUGCAUUGAUGCUAUGGAAUGGUAGGUACCAGAAUGAUCAAAAUGUCCCUGGAAACAAUGCGGAGCUUUACUCAUCAAUCUCCACAAGGAAAAGGAUUUUGUCUCUCAUAAAGGAGAAAAACACAAGCGAUGCUUUCAAAAUAUGUGAAGAUCUAAAGCUGUUUGAUUUAGGAGUUGAAAAUGAAGCCUCCGUAAAAGAAACUUUGUCAAAGCUAGUCUUUGUUGACUUAUUACGAACGAGAAAGCAUAUGGAGGCUAUAAGAUUUGCUAGAACAUUUAUGAACGAUGAUAAUGAAAGCGAUAAGUUGUUUACCCUGAUAGGAUACAAGGACAUAGACGAUACCAGAUUUCUUGAAAUUUCCGACACCAUCAAAAGAGAAAAUGUUGUAGAAAUCUUAAACAAACACUUAUUCAGGAAGGAAGUUGGGAGAGAGCUUUCCCUGCUAUCUCUUGCUUUAAACCACUACAACUCAAUUUUGAAAUACCAAAAGAAGUAA